AUGAUGGAUACGAAAAAAGAUUUUGAGUUUGAAGAACUUAUCAUAUGUGGCUGUUGUAAGCAGAAAUUCAAUGAAACAGAAUUUGUGCCCAAGGAACUUAGUUGUAAGCAUUGUUUUUGUUUGCAAUGUGUUAAGACUACUAUGCUCAAAGGUUUGGAAGUAUAUUGCAUAAAUUGUUGGAAGCGUACUGAAUUAGAUGAGCAAUCUCCAGAGACUCUGCGAACACAAAAGUCUAUUCUCAGUCUAAUUAGACACCUGGCAAAUGUUAAAGUCAAUAAUUCUGUUGAUAAAGAACGAAAGGGAGAAAAUUGUCAUACACAUGGAAUGCCGUUUUCAUUUUGGUGUUACAAUUGCCAACAGCUGUUAUGCCGAGCGUGUGGAACUCAAUCUGACCAUAUUGGACAUUCUAUAAAAUCAAAUAACGAUGCACGUGACCAUCUUAUCAGUGAAGUUCAAGUUGAAACUAUAGCUAUUGCUAAACUGAUGAGUGAAAUUCAAAAUUUAUUUGGACACAAACGCCAAUUUCUCUUGAGAGUUUUAGAUGCCUGUAACACGCUAAAAACUCAAAUUGAACUAGAGUUAAACAGUGGUUGGACUCAAAAUACAAACGAUUUACUGCAGACCAACGAAACUUUGAAUAGUAUCAAACCGUCUAAUUUACGUACCGAUGAUUUAUAUGAUUUACAAUUAUAUUUAAAUCGGCUGGAACAAGUGAAGCAGAAAGUACAAAAUAAAUACUCUGAACAAUUUGCACAUGGCCAAUUAGAAGAUAUUAUAUCUUCUACUAACUUGUUAGAUUUUGGUAUGAUCAAACAAUCAUUGUCUUCAUUACAGUCUAUGGCUUUAGAAUCAUAUAAGUCUGCAGAUUUGGCAAAUCCGAAUACUCAUAUUUUUUUCUUGGCUAACUAUUGUACUGCACAAUUGUUUACAAGAUAUGUACUACCUAAACAUGUCACCCAACUUGUGAAUGGACCAGAGUUUGCAAAAAAUUCUCCUGGAAAUUCGUCUACCACUCAAUACACAACGUCUCUAUCCUCAAUAUCAUCAAAUGAACCAGUACUGAUAACGUCACAAAACAGUCCACCACCAACUACUUUGAAUAAUGUACCUUCAAUACGUAAUGUUAACACUUUUCCCAUGUUUUACUUCAAUAUUGAAGUAAAUGGGACAUCAUUUGGUCGUUUAGUCAUUGAAACUCGUCCAGAUGUAGCGCCAAAAAUGUCAAAGAAUUUUGAAGUAUUAACUGUUGGUGAUACAGGUGGUUGUUCAUAUAAAGGUUGCUCAAUAUUUCAAUGUUGGGAUGGAGAAUCUGUGAUUACAGGUGAUUUUGAGUUGAACAAUGGUCGUGGCGGAAAAUCUAUAUAUGAUGAAAGUUACUUCAUGCCUGAUGAUACUAAGUUUCCUGCCGUUCGAGGAGCUGUAGGAAUGCGCCGCACUCAAAAACGUCAUGAUAAUAUGGGUAUGGUUGGAUCACAAUUUCGUAUUAUUCUACAAGAGAUGCGUGGGUUCACAGCAAUUUUUGGACAUGUGGUAGAUGGUAUUGAUCUCGUUGAAAAAAUGGCCUCGUUUGGAGAUCAAACUGGCAAACCGUCCAAGACAUUUGUCAUAUCUAGUUGUGGUAAAGUUUAA